UGUUCAUUUGUCCGCACAAGCACACACUCGGUCCCUCCUUCGUGUUUUUUUUUUCAGGAAUGUUCAUGUGUGUGUGUUUGUAUUGAUAACGCGGGUGUGUGUUCCGUGUGUGACAUGUGAGAGGACCGAUAUGGAGUAAAGCAGCGCCGGACCGGGAAUGGAGACACGGUGAGAAACAGGAGAUUAUCAUGGCAGACCCAGAGGUGUCAACACAGAGUGGGGGCUAUGACGUGGAGCUGUUUGUGGACACCCCAGACUACGAUCUGAUCUGCACCAUAUGCCAGGGGGUCCUCAGGUGUCCAGUCAGAGCAGCAUGUCACCACAUCUUCUGCAAGAAAUGCAUCUUACAGUGGCUGAAGAGGCAGGAGACCUGCCCCUGCUGCAGGAAGCCUGUUAACCCAAGCUUGAUUUUUGUCAUGUUUAAGCUGAGCAAAUCUAUUGGACGCAUGAAGAUCAAGUGUAAAAAUGAGAUCCGUGGUUGUGCAGAGACCUUCCCCCUGUCGGAGCAGUUCUGCCACAGCAUGAGCUGUUUAUACGAGCUAAUCCCGUGCCCGUACCAGGGUUGCCGGGCGCAGCUCCUCCGCAGGGACCUGGACACCCACGCACGCCACUGUGAACACUGGCGCCAGCCCUGCCACAUGGGCUGUGGGACGAUACUCUCCCACCGCACACAGGCUCAACACAACUGCUACAAGCAGCUGAGGCAGGAGUAUGAAGCCAGACAGAGGAACCACAGGGCCAUCGCCACGGCCCUGCAGAGGAAGAUGAGGAGGAUGCAGAGCACCAUGGCCCACAUGAAGAGGCAGAUAGGGCUGAUCUGCGAGAGCCUGGAGGUGAUGGAUGACCUGCACGAAGUAGAAGAGGAGGACCUGGGAGAGAGCAGCGCCAGCUCCAGUGGGACACCGAGUAGCAACAACAGCAACUGCUGAGAGACGAGUUAGUUACUGCUCCUGCUGUGUAUAAUUUCUGAAUGUGUUAAUUUCUUUGAAGGUGUGUGUUUUUGAAUAUGUAGGCAAUGAUUAAAAUGGGUGCAUUUGUAACAGUUUUGUGCUGUAGUUUCAUCACUUUUGUAAAUAAAAGUAUUUAACAUUA